AUGCCUAGCGCCGUCGAGACCGUGACCAAGGCCUCUACCAAGAGGAAACGCCAGGAGAAUGAAGACGAAGGCAAGAAAAGAAGGAAGUCUAUUAGCAACGGCGACAGCGAAGCCCAGAAGCAGCACAUCAAAAACCUCGAAGAGCAGAUCGCCGAAUCCAAGAAGCACUACAACAAUAUUGCUAAUCUAAUCGAGCUCGCGCAAAAACAUGAUGAAGACCCAAAGUGGAGUUUAGCUGCAGCCGAAGCACUUUGUCGUGUCUUCGUUCGCCUGCUGGCUGCCGGCAGCCUGGUGAAGCGAAAAGAUAUCUCAGAGAAGGAUGCUACCAUUAUUAAUUGGCUGCGCGACCGGCUCUCAGACUAUGACGGUGUUCUGCUCUCAAUGCUUCAGAGCAAGAAAUUAGCUGUCCAUGCCCUUGUUCUUGCCAUGGCCGUUCUAAAAGCGCAAGCCCAACACUUGACGGACCGUGAAGAAGCCAUCUUCCCCCGUUCCUUUUUCCUGGAGAUCAUCGCCGUUGUUCUCGAGUCCCCAAUUGAGCAUUUGCGUGGGCAUUUCUCUGAGAAUUUUGUCAAGAAAUAUGAUGAUAUUCGGUUUUACACCUUCGAAGCUAUCAAGCACUUCUUGACAGAACGAGAGCAGUCGGUUGAUGAAGAUGUACGAAACAACGUCUUUAAUCUGUUGCUCUCUAUUGAGGAUGUCCCAGAAUCAAACGACUCCCUUGAGAACUUUUUUAUCGAGCGCCCCCCAAAAAAGAAGCAUCCCCUCCUUUCCCUUUCCCAGCACAAGAAGCAAGCACAAGAAGCUUGGUUAGCCUUCAUGCACCUGGGCUUGAGUAAGGAACAGAGGAAGAAGGUUUUGGAAGUCAUGUCAGCCUCGAUAGCUCCCUGGUUUACUAAGCCGGAGAUGCUGAUGGAUUUCUUGACGGACUGUUACAACUCGGGCGGCUCCGUCUCUCUGUUGGCUCUCUCUGGCGUUUUCUAUCUGAUUCAGGAACGAAACCUCGACUACCCUGAGUUCUACACCAAGCUUUACUCGCUACUUGACGCCGAUAUCCUCCACUCCAAGUACCGGUCCCGUUUUUUCCGCCUUCUCGACACCUUCCUGGCAUCUACCCACUUGCCUGCUGUAUUGGUAGCCAGUUUCAUCAAGCGUCUGGCCCGCCUGGCACUCAACGCCCCGCCAAGUGCGAUCGUUGUUAUCGUGCCAUGGUUCUACAAUCUUUUCAAGAAGCACCCACUUACAACGUUCAUGAUGCAUCGUGUGCCGCGAACAAAAGAAGAGAGGGAGAAGUUGGAAAAGGACGGGUUGGAUGAUCCUUUCCUGCCAAAUGAGACAGAUCCCAUGGAAACUCGUGCUAUCGACAGCUGUCUAUGGGAGAUUGUGCAAUUACAGUCUCAUUAUCACCCGAACGUGGCCACCAUUUGUAAGAUUAUUUCGGAGCAGUUUACCAAGCAGGCGUACAACCUAGAAGAUUUCUUGGACCACUCCUACGGAAGUCUUCUUGAGGCCGAGAUGACGAAAGAGGUCAAGAAGCCUCCUGUCAUCGAGUUUAUGAUCCCUAAGCAUAUAUUCACAAAGGCUGCUCCAGAAGAGGAGAAGAAGGAUAGUCUGCUUGUUAGUCUUUGGGAUUUCGGCUCCGGCUCAGCGUAG